CGCUGCUCGGUCCAGUGCGGCCUGCGGCGCCGCCGGAACCGGGGAUGUCAGUGCUGGUGCUGCUUUUCGCUCCCCACCCCGCGCGCCUCUCGCACUAUGGCCGUCCCGCCGCAGCUACUAGCCCUGCUCCAUGCGGUCAACGAACUGUUGCGCAAGCGCCGCUACCACUCUGCUUUGGCCAUGCUUAAAGGCUUCCGGAACGGGGCAGUCUAUGGAGCCAAAAUCCGGGCCCCUCACGCGCUCGUCAUGACCUUUCUCUUCCGGAGUGGCAGCCUCCAGGAGAAGCUGCGGGCCAUCCUGCAAGCCACGUACACCCACUCCCGGAACCUGGCCUACUUUGUGUUCACCUAUAAGGGGCUCUGCGCCCUGCAGGCCCACGUGCAGGGCAAGACCUACCAGGUGCACUCGUUCCUGGCUGCCUUCAUUGGGGGCUUGCUGGUGUUUGGAGAGAACAAUAACAUCAACAGCCAGAUCAACAUGUACCUGCUCUCCCGCCUCCUGUUUGCCCUGUGCCGCCUGGGCGUGGAGAAGGGCUACAUUCCCGAGCCCAGGUGGGACCCAUUCCCCCUGUUCACCGGGCUGGUGUGGGGGCUGGUGCUGUGGCUUUUUGAGUACCACCGGCCCACUCUGCAGCCGUCCCUGCAGUCCUCCAUGACCUAUCUGUACCAGGACAGCAAUGUCUGGCAUGACAUCUCAGACUUCCUCCUCUACAACAAGAGCCUCCCCUCGAAGUAACACGGCCCCAAGGUGCUGAUGGGGGCUUCCAUAGCCGAGAUUGUCUCCAUCGGUGAAUCACCCCCAAAGGAUCCUGCCUUCUCAAGAUCAUGGUUCUCAGACUCCAACUUUUACUGCCCCAGGGUUCCAUUUGCCGAAGCAAAAGCACUGAUUUCCAAGUCCAUUAGGUCCUCUGCAAUGGCGGAACGAGUGGUGAAUUGGGCUGCGGGGCCUCGGACGUGAUUCCGGCUGUGCUGCUGGCUACUGUGAGACCAGGGAAAGGCACCCCCCACCGGCCCCGGACGUCAGGGGCCACCGAGCUCAGAGGAGGGCCCCGAAGUCUCUUUCUGGUGGGUUAUGGUCUUUGACCAUUCUAUGUAACAGGAUUGCUUGCUGGGGGGCAGUGGGUUGCAAAUAUGUUUUUAGAAAAAAUUAAAUUCCUGGGCUCAGGUGUUGCUCUAGUGGAGAAGCUCUAGAAUUCCACUGUCCAAUAGAAGCACAAUGUGAUCUGUAUAUGUAAUUGAAAUUUGUCUUAGUAGCCACAUGAAAAAAGGUAGAAGCAGGUGAGAUUAAUCUUAGUUCCAGAUUUUAACCUGGUAUUUCUAAAAUAUUAUCAUUUUAACAUGUAAAAAUGAAUAUAAAAAUUAAUGAGAUAUUUUAUAUUCUUUGUUCUUGUACUAGGUCAUCAGAAUCAGGUAUGUAGUGUCUCCUUACAGCGUGUCUCAGUGGGGACCAGCCAUAUUUCCAGUGCUCAGUAGCCACAUGUGGCUAGUGGCUACCAUAUUGGAUAACACAGAUAUGGAACACUUCUAUCCUUGCAGAAAAUUCUAGUGGACAGUGCAGAUAUAGAGCUAGGGGACAUGGGUUUAAGUCCCCACUCCACCACUGUGUAACCUUGGGGAAGGUUCUUAACCUCUCAGAGCCUCAGUUUCUUGUAAAAUGAGGAUAAUCAUAAUACACACCCAGUGUCCACAUUGGAUUUGUAUAACUACAAGAGCUGCUAUUACUACUAAUUACUUCCAUUUAGUGAGCUCCUACUUCCUCCCAAGUGCUUUGCACGUAUUAUUUUUAACCCAUACAAUGACCUUGCAGGUGUGUAUUUUGAUCCUCAUUUUGCAGAUGUGGACACUGAGGAUCAGAGGGGGGAAGUCAUUUGCCCAAGAUAAUACAACCAGUAUGAUAGCCAAAUCAGGGUUUGAACCCAGAGCUGUCUGAGUUCAAUACCCUUUUUUUUUUUUUUUUCAGUGCCUUAUGUUAAAUUUAGAAACCUAAGCUAUGCUAUGCAAAUGUUAACUAGUCUAGGAUGGGCUCCAGGAUGGGGUGCAAAUUCAAAUGCCCAGAGGGGUCUGGCAAGGGGCAUAAGUGAAAAUGUUGUGCACUCGGGAGUGAUGGUAACCUGGGGCCCCGGAGACUCAUGUGCCAGUCCGAUUUUUAAAAUCACUGUGUUGGACAAAUCAAACCAGGUCUCCAGGAAGAUGUGGUCCAUGGCCCAUGAAUUUGAGACCCUUGGUCUAGUAGGAAUACUUCAGUCCCUUUUUAGAAAUUACUAGUAGACAUGCGUCACUGGUGAUCUUAUUAAAAUGCAGAUUCUGACUCAGCGAGUUUGGGGUGGGGCCAGAGGUUCUGCCUUGCUCUCAGGCUUCCAGGAACUGCUGUGGGUGCUGCUGGUCUGACCCGUACCUUGAGUAACAAGGUAGUAGGGAAUGAUGUGCAGCCAACCAUAAUCUCUUGUUACAAAUGAAGAAGCCAAGUCACAGAGCUGUUAGGUAAUCAUGGUGGGAUUAGGCCUGAUUCUAACAGCAGUGUUCUCAGCUAUGAAGUUGACCUGCACACUUGGAGAAGGUGAUCUGGAAGGUCCCUGAAUUCACUGUGUGGAGGCUGAAUGAGAUCCCAAGGUUAUGAGGAGGAAGGGGGUGGCCAUCAGCAAGCAGAUGCUGGGGGUGCUCCACCCAGUCCCCGCUAACUUCGUGCUUCACUGCACACCAGCCAACUCUCCAACUGCCACCCCUGUGUCUUUCUGCCUGAGGGCUCUUGCUUGCCCCUGGCACCUGCUCUGCCACCCACAGCAGGUCUGGAGGAGUAACACAUCUGAUAACUCCCAGGCGCAUGCUCCACACUGGCUCCUGGAGUUCCCUAGCAGGACUGAACUGACCCACAAUAGUCACUUGCUUGAUAACUCUUCCCCCACCCUUCCCUGUCUCCUUCAUCCUUAACAUGGGAUCACUUCCCAAAUAGACCACUUGCACUGAAAUCCUUGUCUUGGGGUCUGCUAUUGAGGAAAACCCAAACUAAAAUUGGCCUCUGGUGCAGCAAGCUGAGAGUCAGUGGAGGUUAUGGACAUAGACUUUGGAGCAAGAGUGCCUGGGCUCAGCCCUGUUUGCUCAGGCAAGUGACUUAACCGUUCUGUACCUCUGUUUCUUCAUCUAUGAGCUAGGCAUGCUAAUUAUCACUCACCUCACAGCAUGGUCUGGAGGAUUAGACAAUAUGACGAGUAUAAAGUAAGCACUCAGUAAAUGUUUGCUGUUCUUUCUAAUAUAGCAACCAGACGUAGGAGGAAGUGUGGUCCUAAGAACUGAGUAGCCCCCUGCUUUUAGCCUCUCCUGCCCCCCAGCUGAAGGUACAGUCUUGGCGCUCUGCCUGCCCAGCAUCCCCCCACUGCUGCGGGGGGCUGGCCGGCUGCGCCACCGACUGUCUCUGCUCUCUAAGAAUAGGUUUCCCUCACAGAUGGCAUCUCUCUGGAUCCUGCCAGAGCAUCUGGUGCCUCCAACUGCUCACUCCAGGGAGCAAGGCUGUGUGGUCCUUGCUGAGAAGCAGAGCCCUGGCUUCCAGCAGACCUGGGAGGAGUCCCCACUUGCUCCCCUCCUAGCUGAGCUUCCAUUUCCUAAGAUCUGUAAAACUGGCAUUGCCCAAGGGCCUUUGGCACACAGUAGGCACUCUAUAAAUGCUAGUUCCUGAAAUUGUACAAUGGUUUACAUGUUUAUUAAGCACCUGCCACAUUCCUAUGAAGUCUUCUGACAUGCAAGACUAUAAAAAAUAAUUUUUCAUCAGUAGCCCAUGCUCAUAGUACAGAACUUACAUGGUACAAAAGGUGUAUCACAAAGAAAAGUCAGGCUCUCUCCUACACCCAAGCUCCACCCCCAAACUCCCCCCUUUUGCCAAGAGCAUUCACUGUUAGCACUUUCUAGUGUAGCCUGAGAUAUUCUGUGCACAGCCACCUGUCUUUGUUUUAUGAGAAACUGUUUUAGAAGGUUUUAUUUUACUUUUUUUUUCCUUAAGUAGGCUCCAUGUUCAGCAUAGAGCCCAGCAAGGGCUUGAACUCACAACCCUGAGAUCAAGACCUGAGCUGAGGUCAAGAGUCGGAUGCUUAACCGACUGAGCCACCCAUGUGCCCUUAAAUAUUUGAUUUCUUUUUUUUUAAGAUUUAUUUAUUUAUUUUAGAGAGAAAGAGCACAAGUGGAGGAGGGGCAGAGAGAGAGGGAGAGAGAGAAUCUCAAGCAGACUCCCCGCUGCCUAUAGAGCCCGACAUGGGGCUCGAUCCCAGGACCCUGAGAUCAUGACCCUAGCUGAAAUCAAGAGCUGGGCGCCUAACCAAUUGCACCACCCCGGGGCCCCUAAAGAUUUUAUUUUUAAGUAAUCUCUACACUCCAUGUGGGGCUCAACCUCAUAACCCCCAGAUCAAGAGUCGCACGCUCUACCGACUGAGCCGGCCAGACGCUCCUGUCUUCUGAGAAACUUUCGCAUCACAUUGUCAUCUCCACAAGUCUUUGACAUUUCUUCCUCGCCCUCUGCAUGUUUAGUUUUUCUUUGAUCCAGAAUGUAAUAUGAAAGGGAGUCCUUUCUUUUAGCUGGUUCCCACCCCAACUCCACUCCCUGACUUGUCAAAUAUCUCAGGCAGGUUCUUACUGUGAUCAGCGUCUGAGAUGAACCGCCCUAGACAUCCAGAGCCUUACGGUCGAUGACACCAGACGUUCAGGCCCACGGAGCUCCGAGUGAAAUGGAGAGGACAAAACUGAGGUUAAUUUGGGGCCCUUCUGCUGCUCUGCUCCCAAAUUAGAGAUCAUUCAGUGAGCCCAUGUGAGAGCAAUGAUUCACAGGCGGAGACACCAAGAAACCCUCCCAACGCUCCCUGCUCCCGCCUUUCACAUCGCAGGCCCCAGAAAGAAUGCUGGGGAUGGCAUUGCUUUCUCCAUUGUCCGCUUGCUUCGAGAAUCGGGCUUUGAACCUGACGCCCUCCUAAACCAGAACACUGUGCGGGGCUCCACCUCCCAGAGCAAACCUGUGUCGCCGCAAUCUGGGACUUCAGGUGGCUUGCUUUCUUUAACGAAUUAGGGGGUAUUUAUAAAAAGAAACAUUAUUUUUUCCCCCUCCCCUUGUCAUAUUCCAGAUGGAUAGGGAGAGAGUUUGUCUUACUUCAGCCCUGAAGAGUAUUUUGGGUGAGAGGGGGUUUCAUUUUAACCAGAGGGUCUCCUGCAUGACUCGCUCUUGUGAGCUGCAGGCCGCCUGGGCAGCUGGAGGACAGA